AUGUAUUUGAAUCGAGUGCACAGAACGUUUCCUAAAUUAAAAAAAGUUGUUACAAGAUUACAUUCUCAAGUCGCAAUAAUAGAAGAAAAUGAAUACACUGAGACUCCACAAUAUCCUCCAAUUUUGGACAUGUCUCUUGAAGCUAAAAAAUUACGAGAAAGAGAAGCUCUGCAUAAAAAGAUUCAAGACAUAAAUACUGUAGAAGAAAAGCAAAUUGCGUUAAAUAUGCCCCGGUAUUAUGGGUGGAAAUGUAUUAUGUUACACGAAGACAAAGUGCCGUAUAAUGCUUUGCCUUUGGUUCAGUAUUAUACCAGAAGUCACUUUGUUUCUAUUGAUAAACUUCCAGAGGUAUAUAACGAAACAGGAGCCAGUGCAGAAACGAUUUCUCAAGAAAUUAAAUCGCAAGUUGAGGAAGCUAUUGCAAUUGAAAAUGAUGGCAUUGACCGGAACUUUACACCUUCACUUGAAAGUUCUUCACUUAAAUCUGAAGCUUCACUAAAGGAGGAUGCUAUAUCCAAAUGUAUAAUUAGGCAAAUAAAUAGAAUUAUAUUCAACAAUUUGACUGAUAAAGUGCCCCAUAUCUUGUCUUCCCAGGUAGACUAUGAUGCCAGACAUGAAGCUUUUUGGUUUAUUGGUGGUGUGAAACCACCUGCCUCAAUAAGAAAUUUUAGAAAACAAUUUAAAUGGCUACAUGACAAAAUUGAAGAACCUGUUGACAGACCUGUUCAGUAUAUAGGUACACCAAUGCUAACAAUCAGAAAUAGAUCACCACUGAAACCCCUCAUUCCGUACAGUGAAGCAGAAAAUCCUGCAUUCAAGGUUCCAAUAUUUCAUCAUUUGCCAAGAAGUGUAGGUUACUAUGAUCACCAUAGGCAUGGUACCAACAUACCAGGAUUUUGGCCAGGAGACUAUGAUGAGUUUGGUCUUAUGUCCUAUCAUGGCCGUGGUCACAUUCUAGAUCGGAAAGAGUCAUUUGGCCCUGAAGACAAUUUGGAAGCAUUACACUGCCAAGCUCUAAAGGCUAGUUUUGGAUGGCUGUUAUCCCAAGCAAAUUACCAAGGCUUUACAACAUUUAAUGACAUAACUUAUCCACUAGUUACACAAACAAUUAUUACAAAUGGGCAGUACUGGUCAUUAUAUGCAUAUCAGUUGAAUACCAUAGUAAUGCAUAAUGACAAAUUUGACAGCAACCCUAAACAUAAUAUCUGUUUUGGUACAAAUCCCCUGAAGCUUUAUGACUGUAUAGAAAAUGGAAAUGUAAAAGGUUUUAAUGAGGAAGUUUUAAAAAUGCUAAUUCAAUUUUACCUGAAUGCGCCUGAAGAUCGUGAGCAUGAAAUGAAGCCAUACCUGGGCAAAGAGGAACAAGUGGUUGCUGAUAUAGAAGAUGAUAACAGACGUUGUUGGUUAGAAUCCAGAUACAAGCAUUUGGUAGCCAAUAGGCCAAAACACCUUUUAAUUCCUGAGACAUACUUAUGGGAAGACAUAUAUAAAAUCAAGUUCAAAACUCGAUUCUUUGAAGCUAAGAGGAGACCAUUCGAACUUGGCAUCAACCCAUUCAGGAGGCGUCUUGACGAACAUUUGCCACCUUAUAUUCCGAAGGUCUUGCGGCCUUAUCCUAGAAGUAAAAAGAAGUUUGAGACCACCUAUUAUCCUAAAGUGUAG